CAUCCUCUCGCCUUCACGGGUGAGGGUGCUGUUGACAUGUUCCGGGCCCGCUUCACCACCUUUUGAGGAACAGUUUGAAUUGACCUGAUUGGAAUCUUCCUGUUGUGUUCGUUCCUCGACAUCUUGGGGGCAUCGGAGGACAUGGUCAUGGACAUGGACAUUGACAUGGUGUGGUACUCGUCGCCCGCGCUGCUCGACUUGCAUUAUUCCUGCUACACAUGCUAUUCCUCGCGCUGGCUUUGUCUUUUUGCGGGCGCAAUCAUCGUGCUAUCAUCGCUGUGGAGUGGCAUAUUUGUGCCUCGUAGCAUCUAUCCAGAUGGCUUCCUUCAUCCACGACCAGCGUUUGUCUCGGUGCUUCGUUCCAGCAGACACCAUUCACGGUGCGCCGUCAAUCAACACCACAGUUGCCAGGACAUGGACAGAGAAUCUAGAGCGACUUGGCGCGUGUUCCUCUGGCGGAUGCACCAGCACCAGCGCCGGCACGAGCAAACGGCCGUAAAUCAUGGUCGUUUUCGUUAUUCUUGGUAUGUAGCGGAUGUCCAGUGGUGCUGGAUCGAUCCCACGGUGCCGGAUUCUUAGCCUUAACCAGUCUCCAUAAGCAAAAGUGGUGGUGGUGGUGGUAUUGGUAGGAUAGUUGUGGACUUGUAGUGGUACCUUGGACCUUCCUUUCUGCACCUUCCUUUCUCAAUAGCCGGAAUCCUUUCCUGAUCCUUCCACCGUCUCGUCGUGCAUCUGCAUCUGCAUCUGCAUCGGCACCUCCACAUUCACAUUCACCCUCACCCUCACCUUCACCUUCACUUGCAUACCAGUAUCCGCCAUUGACCCUCCUCC